AUGUACAAUGGGAUCGGAUUACCAACACCUCGUGGGUCUGGAACAAGUGGAUAUAUACAAAAAAAUUUAUCACAUUUAAAGCCAAGACGAACUGAUUUUGGAAAAACAGAGCUUCUUGACAGCGAAAAUGAGCAUGGACGCUUAUCGCAACCUGUUAAGUUACGUAAACCCAAUGCAGAUUUACUCGAUCACGAAAGGCGUAGACAAGUUGAAAUUAAAUUAAUAAGCUUUGUAGAGAACUUGUGUAAUAAAAUUGAUGAUGAGGAUCUUAUAGAACAACAGGUAAAUCAAGAACGUGAGCGUCUUUUACAACUUUUGGAAACUGAAAAGAUUGUUGAACAUAAAAAUAAUAUAUCAAAUAUUGAUACGCACCAAUCUGCAAAACUUAAAGAGAAAGAGUUGGAAAAAUUUCGUGAUGCUUUCAAUAUAGAUCAUAGUGAUAAUAAUAACCUAGAAGAAAGACGACAAAGUGAAACUACAAUCAAUAAAAAUGACCGUAGUUUUAAAAAAGGAAACGAAAAGUAUGCAGAGCGAAAUCGAAAUAAAUCAUCACACUAUCAAGAAGCGUCCUAUAAAACCUAUUCGCGUUCACAAGUUUCUUAUUCAUCUGAACGAUCAUUUUCACGCCAUUCUGAUAACCUUCGUUACGAUUCCAAAGUUCGUUCCAUAUCCAGAAAUCCGAUAAAGAAGAAGAGUAACAUGUCAUCUAGACAUUCCUCAUAUAGGCACUCUAGUUUUGAUGCCCAUAGAUCAUUGUCAAGUAAUAGAAUGCAAAGCCAAAGACACAUUAAUCGAACUCGAUCAAGAAACGAAUCUAGAAACUUGCAAACAAAAGCAAUGGCUCCUGAAUAUAGCGAAUUUGGUAGUGAUAACGCACCCACAGAAAAACUAGAAACGAUAAGAAAGUACAAAAGAAAUGGUAGUCGAAGUUUUGAAAAACAAAAUCGAAAUUGUCAGAUUUCCCCGAAUAGAAGAAAAACUACAUCAUCUUCAAUAGAAGAAGCAUUGCCUUCAAAAAAUCAACGCCGAGUGGCAUCCGUCAUCCACUCAAAAAAAAAAUCCUACAAUUCUUCUUUUUCUACAUCUUCGUCCUCUUCUUUACACAAAAAAUUUGUUUCGUACAGAACACGGGGUUCGUCUGCUACAAAUGAGAAAGCAAGAUAUAAAUCGUUAUCUCGCAACUAUAGAAAUAACUUGAGAGUAAAAAAAUCGAUUUCAAACGAACCUUUUAAAAAGCGAAAAUUUGGAACAACGCCAAAUAAGAAACAUAGAGCUAUGUCAUCAUCAUCGAGAGAGUUUUUUAAAAAAAGACGCACGGACAACAGUGAUAGACAAAAAAUUGAUAAUGUUUCCUGCGAAUCGAUCUUAACAAACAAUAAAAUAAUUAUGAAAAAAACGCAAAAAUUAAGGGAAAAAAACAAAUACAGAUCGGUUUCUUCAAACGGAAAAGCGAGAAUCACUCAUAGUCACUCAGGCAAUAGAUACGACUCUACUCGACCUAUAGAUACAUCGCCGCGAAGAAGACUAUCUACUAAAUCUCGUUCAUCAUGUCGAAGAAAAAAUUCUACAAACUCUUGUUCACGAAUACAACGAAAAAGAUCUACUUUUUCUGCUUCUCCAACGCGGCAAAGAACGUCAUAUCUAUCCUGUUCACCAAUUCAUGGAAGAAGUUCUACUUUUUCUCUUUCACCUGAGCGACGAAGAAAGUAUAGUGUAUCCCGUUCAACAUUACGAAUAAAGAAAUCUAGUCUGUCUCGAUCGCAAGUACGACGAAAAAAAUCUAGUCUUUCUCGUUCACAAGGACAGAAAAGAAAAUCUAGUUUUUCUCGUUCACCACUACUAGAAAGACAAUCUAUAGGUUCCCGUUCGCCGUUGCCGCAAAGAAAAUUCACGUCAUCGCUUCAUGGUAAUAUCAUUAUGAAGGAAAAAAGAAAAAAGCAUCUUUCACCUCACAAUGCGUCGCGUCAGAGUCAAUCUUCUUCUACAUCAGGUUUCAAACAACUCAGUCGACGCCAUACUCAAUUAGAUCAAUCCGAUCGAAGGUCCUAUACGUCGCGAUCAAGGUCUGCUAAAAGAAAAAAGUAUAGAACUGGUUCUACACGUAGACAAAGUACAAGUCCUCGUUUAAAAUUAUACGAGCGACGUAGUCAUCAGACUUACCCACAAUCCCUGUCUAACAGAAAGAAAGAGUCUUAUAUACAUCAACAAUUGACGGACCGAAAGCGUCCUACGCCUGAUUCCGCAAAGCAACAUCCUCAUUCAUUGAAUUUUCGCUCUUUGGAGAAAAUUACAUGUCAAGCUGGUUUUAAAUCACUUUCCUCACAAAGAAAUAGAACAAAUUUACGUUCUAAAGAAAACUUACACCGAGACCUUAUGAUUUCGUCUAGGUCUUCACAAUCCAAAGUACUCAAGGAUUUCAGGUUAUCACCAAAGAAUAAAAAAAAUGCUGUAUCUCGCGUGAAAUCUGUUCGCAACAGUUGUUCUAUAUCGCCAUCAGUGCGUCAUCGGAAAAAAUGUUCAGCAUCUCCGUCCUCUCUACCACGUAGAAACUUGUCUGUUUCUCGUAGUAUGUACUCUCGAACAAAAGUAUCUACUUCACAGUUGCGUUCACGAAGAAGAAACCUUUCAAUAUCUAUUUCAACAUCUGAGAGAAGUGAAACGAAUGCUUCGAAACCAGCAGUACGACAAACAUGCAAAGUUGCCUCGUCGUCUCAAGCAAGAAAACAAAGGUCUAUUUCUUCAUCUUAUGAUCAGCUAAAAAAUUCUGGUCGUCAUUUGAAACAGCAUGAACUAUAUUCAAAACCACAGGACAAAAAUUUUUAUAAGUUUCACUCUUCGUACUCUCCGAGAAAACGUGAAUUGUCGAAUUCCACUGGUCGCCGAAAAAGAGUUUCGGUUUCUCAUUCGCCUUCUAUGGAAUCCAAACUUCUAGAUGUACGUUCAACUAAAGAACGCAAAUCAUCCUUUUCUUCCAAGUUAUGAUUAAAUAAAACGCGUGUUUUAUCUUCAAGAAUUGUAUAAUGCAAAAAAAAAAAAUCUAUGUUUGUUUAUGUAAUUUACAAUAAAAAUAUUAUUCCUUUUUACUAACAAGAAGUAAAAUAAAAGAAAAUUUCGCGUCAGGGAAUUAACGAAUUGUUGUUAACGGUCAUUUGGAGCUUUUUUUAAUUUUCGUUCUUAAAAAAACUUGUACCUUUAAUAAAUUUUCAUGUUUUUUUUAAAUAUAAUAUUGUAGCCAAUAAUAUAUUUCUAUCAUAACUGUGUGCUAUGAUUUCGUUAUGUUCUCGUU